CUGAACUUAAGAGACCCUGGUGACGAAGGGGCAGGAGGACGGAAUGAAGAAGAGAGGGGCGUCGAGAUCCUUAACGCAGGACGGUGAGGGGGUGACUGUCACUGAGCAGCUGGACCAGGCAGAUCGUAGCGAGGCCGCAGUGGAUCACACAUUGGAAGCAGCAGAGGUACAGAGUAGCCCAGGGGACCUCCCGAUGCUCAUGUUUAUUCACGGCUGGCUCGUUUGAUCAGGACACCGGCGAUGAGAGUUUUGGUGGGGCUUUGGAGGCGCUGGACAUCACGGGCAACCUUCUCAAGGCAAUGAUGGAAUGCUUCGAGGAAGAAGAAGCAAAGGUGACGGUCCAGUCUGGCUCAGACCCUGCCGUGUGGUUUUAUGUUUGUGUUCGGUACGUAUUCAGGUUCGUCAGCUGAUUGAGAGCAGAAGGACAAUCACGAUCAGCCAAACAGAUGAAGAGAAGAGGCAGCUACGGGUGCCACUCAGCCACCGACACACACACGCAUAUACGCAGCAGCAUAGUGUGUGUCUUUGUGUGCGACGCAUGCAGGUCAUCGACAGGCACUUUCGCGUCUUGUCGGGUAUGAUGCUGCUCCACACCACCAAACCGAUCGAGACGGCUGCGGAGCACAUGGGUGAGGUGGACAAGAAGGUCGUCAUGAUCCAGCAGCACAUCAACAGACUCAAACACCACGACAAAGACCAGGUCAAUCAAUGACACAUAUGCUCAAUAAGUGUGGCGCAUUUCGUCAACUGCUGUAUUUGCUUGUGUCUCAGGAAGGGGGCCGUGCGCUUCUGCUUGGCCUGCCUGACGGCGCCCUGGGACGCAUCUCGUCGUGGCUGACCACUGUCAACAAUGUCCGCUUGUUGCGGGUCAGCCAUGACAUCCACUCGAAAGCCGUCACUGAGGGCGUGUUCCGCCGAUUCGCUGUGGAGGACGACGAAGCAUGUUCUUACAAGCGUGCGGACGAAGCUCGUCGGCGUGCAUGGCGUCUGAGGCCCCUGGUGAGAGGCAUGACGUGUGACCUACGUGAAAAAAGAUAUUGGCUUCCGUGGACGGGCUUUUGUGUGUGUGCGUGUGCUUUAUGUGUGGCGUCUUGAGGUCGUGGCGGACGGAGAGAAUUUCUCUGGGCAUACAUGGAGUCUCAAAACUCUGGUGAGAGGGCUGACGUGUGAAGCAUAUUCGAGGCAUAGUGGGACAUGGUGAAACAGUGUGUGUGCGUGUGUUUGUGUGUGUGUGUGUGUGCAGUGCACAGCAGUCCAGAAGGCCUACGUGCAAAUGUGUCGCCUGAAUCCUGUGAUAUUCCCGCUGCUGGAAGCGUCCAAGGAGACACUUACACACAUGACGCUGACACUGAAAUUUCAGUCGUACUCAUCGGCUUACGAUGAACCGGCUUUGAAGGACGGCCAGUUUCCCAUACUCACGCACCUGGACGUCGGGAGCUACUCGAGUGGAUGGAUCGAACUCAUGGCGUGAGCAAGAGACGAGUUCUUUAGAUGUUGGCACAUUCAUUCGUGUCGUUGAUUGGAUGUGAUUCUCUGCAGCGAGCGUCAGUGGAGGUUUCCGGCCAUCACCAACCUGCAAGUCGGCGCCGACACUUGGGGCCACGGCAUCUUGGACAGAUCAGAUCGUGCAGCAUUCCUGAAGCUGCUUACAGAGGCAUCCGAGCUGAAGCGACUUGAUAUCCCCUUCUAUGAGAACAACACCACGCCCGCGCCCUGGAUAGCGCCCCGGCUUUUGGGGCAGACGAGCACCGCAUGGACCGACCUCAUUGCUGCCCUCGGCAAGUGUUCCCGCCUCACACACAUCACAGGCCUGACAGUCCGCAUCAACGAACUCCCCCGCCUGAUGCAGCUCAAAGAUGCCGUCAAUCACCACUGGGCCAAGCCGGAGAACAAAUGUGAGCGGACCAAAGCCGCCAAGGGUUUUCAGCGUUUGCAUGUCCUGUAUCCACACUGCAUGCAGAUGUGUACAAGAAGCUGGGAUUCAUCGUCAAGGGUAUGUCCAGGCCGACGGAGCAAGAGCCGAGGACGGCCUCGGAGGACGAUCUCGAUCACAUGCAACGGGACCCGGCAGCGAUGGCACGAGGGCUGGCGCAGAGGGUCGAGGGCGACGAGGCGGCCAUGGGCGAUAAUGACAAUGAGACCGUUGCGCAGCGUGAGCUCGGGCCUUCCGCUUCUCCACUAUUCAGCUGGCAGGGCCCCCCAUUCGGAGGCAGGCGGGAGCCGGGCAGUAGAUUCGACUACCGGACCCUAAACACCAGAUACAGCUAUACGGGCAACCCUAGUACCGGUGAGUUGAUGUUUGAGCGUUGGCGAGGAGGAAGGGGCUUCAACAUCAACUCUAGACGGCUGAGUGACAAGGUGAGCAGGCCAGCACUCACACACAUAAAUACCCUUAUGCACACAUACACAGCCAGACGUGAACGCACACAGACCAGCCACAUGUGUGCAUGUUGAUGCGCCGUGUGUGCGUGUCUCUGUGCAGGUUGCCAGUAGCCGGACUGUGGAGGUCGGGGGCGACGACAACAUGGAUGCCGACAUGGGCCAGAGGGAUGGCGAGAAGCAAGACGGCGGCGACCCACGAGCUGUCGAUGCACCGUCCAGCCCGGCUGCGGGCGGCUCGCCGUGUGGUGGCGCGCCCGGUCAGGCUGCAAAAAAAGGUACAGCAGCGGCAAAUGCACGCACACACUCUCAAUGUCUCUGUAUGUCCAGGUCCCGAAGAUGGGCAUGCUAGCGGCGGCAUGAGUGUCUGUGGAGGGGAAAAAGCGAAUCCUGCGAACCCAAUGGAUGGAGCAGAGACAAGUGGCGACGAAGGUGGGGCAGAGGCGCCAUUCGAUUUGAACAGCCAGGAGGACAGCGACCCAAUGGGCGAGGGCCAGGGAAACACGCCACAGUGGGUCGAGUACUUCGUACGUCCUGGCUUCCGCCGCUACUAUUAUAACGUGCAGACGGGGCAGAAACAGGUCAGAGAGAGGGAGAGAGAGAGCGGGAGAGAGAGCUCACACUGUCCUCUAUAUAUGUCUCGCCAUUAGUCGGAGCGCCCGGCGGGACUCUGUCCAUUCCACAGAGCCGUCCCCGACGUAUUUGAUGACGUUGAGGACGACCACUACGACCGCCAUGGCUUUUGUUCGAUCAGGCCGGACUACGCACAAGACUGGGCCUAUCCAUGGGCCAUCCGCGAAUUCAGCAAGUGGGCGGCCCAAGUCAAGUGUGAGCUCGAAUGGCGGCCUUUUGAGGGGCAGCUCAUCAUCGACUGCAGCAGCGACGCUGCAAAUGCCCGCACUGCGCCAGACGGCCUAUACGGAGACAUCGCCACGCAGCUCGCCGCUAGAGCCGAAAGGGUGAGGAAAGGGCAAAAUCGAUGUCCAUGUAACACACAGAUUUGUCUCUCAUCCAGGUCACCUUAAAACUCGGAGGGACGCCGCUGCAUGAGAGCUGGGGUGACAAACUGGUCUUUAACAAUGCCAAGACACUCGAAUUUCAUCCCAAGGAGGGUGCGAACACCUUGGAAGUGGAGCAGAGCAUCCCUGAGUGGCUGACCGGCAGGGGGGGCGAGAAGGGUGUCCCCUUCCCAGCUGUCACGAGGCUGGACGCCGACAUUCGCUCGUUCUCCCUCACUGAGUGCAGCAAGCUCAGUAGUCUCAUGCGGGGGCUGACAACACUCAAGGAAGUCCGUUUUCCUAAUCGUUUGCCUAGCUUCGCUGUAGGGUGUGAGCUGCUCUUCUGCAUCUCUGUCGAGCUGGAGAUGGUCUGGUUCGAUUUUCCCUUCCAUAACCAUGACCCUCCCGCCCCUGGCGGCUGCCCGCCAUGCAUAGAGGUAGUGCACUCGUGCCGUUUGAGAAGCAAGGCAGAUGUGCAGCAGCUCACUCAGCUGGUGUUGCUAAAACGGCCAGCGAGUGUAGACUUGACUAUAAAUGUGCCUUGGACUGAGUUUGAGAGUCGGGAUGACAAGGGUCGAAGUGCUGAAGCCCGCUCGUGGUUCAAGCCACUCGAUGCAUACUAUACUGCGAGAGACAACAGCGGGGUCAGGUGUUAUUUUGGGUAUGUAGAAAUCGUCGUCAGCUUUCAGCUUUCGACUGCUUGAAUAUGAGCCUGAAAGCUGAAUGAUUGGUACGUCAGGCAAGGCAAUUAGCCCACGGGGGGGCACGUAAAGGCGACGGGGGGAAGGAGGAUCGGGGCAAUGGCAGGCAGCGGUUGGCUGGCUGAAUGUCAUGUCUCCAUCAAAGGACGGCUGCUUUCUUCUUUGAGUGCUCGACAUUGGCUGUCUUCUUUGUGCGUACGCAUGCAUGGAGCCUUUUGAGGCAGUCAGGGAGUCACAUGAAGCAUGUUUGUCAGCGGUUUUGCUUUUGAUCAUGUAGGGUGUGAUGGCAUCCAGGCUCCAUGUCUGAACGGGAAGAGGGGACAGACAGACAGACAGACAGACAGAC